UGCACAGGCGUUUCAAAACGAACAAAAGUGAUUUUACUUUGUGAAAAAGUUGACGUCUGACAAUAAGACUAUGAGACUUACCAUUGUUUUUUUGUCAGGUGAUAUGAUUGAUGCAAAGAUUGCAAACCCGUGAUCUAGAGGACUUGUGUAACCUGAAUUCUGAAAUGAUCUUUUGAAUUUGAGUGAACAUACACUGGCUAUACCAUACUGCACUGCACUAGCUGCACUGGCCAAGAACUUUUAUACAGUAUACAGCACAAACUGUGUCAAGGUUGCAGUGGAUUCAGCCGGAGCACAAAGAAUGAAAGAUGGCGAAUAAAUUCAGAAUGUUCAAGAUAUUAACAGCUUUCCUUGUUUUGGUCCUUGUCAACCUUUCCACAGGUGAGCUACUGCAAGGUACCGUUUACAAGCAAGAAGAUGGAACUUUCACGGUCAGUUCCGGCAUCAUCGACAAACAAGGGGUCGCGUACGGCUCCUACAACAACACCCUCUUCCAGACGGGAUGGGGAGAGCUGCACCUGUUCGCCGGGUACUCAACGGCGGACAAUGUCGCCCUCUCGGACGCUGACAGAAUGUACGCAGCAGGCAUCUUGGAAGGAGCUUUGACGGCCAAGCAGAUUUCCCAGACCCUGCAGAACAUCAACGUGACCUUCUUCAGCGCCGAAGGCGACCCAGAGAUCUGGAGGAGGGUCGUAGACUUCUUCGAGACCCAAGACGCCUGGAUGAAGGGAAUGAUUAAAGAGAGGGCCACCGAGGACCCCUUCUGGGAGGGCGUGGCACUGGUUCUCGCCCAGUUUGAGGGCCUGAUAAAGGGGUACGAGAUGAGCCAAUUCUCCAACGCGUCUACGUCAAAUGGUUUCUUGGCCAUGCAAGUCUUGAAUUCUUGUGGGGAUCUCCUAGACCUCAAGAGCGCCGUCAUGCCGUCCCUGAUCCCUGACUGGGACAAGCUCACCAAGAAAGAGUUCCUCAAGUUCAUCCGCACCUCCGGACAUUGUUCAGCGCUUGUCAAGGUACUGCCAGCCUUUGAAGACGUCUUCAUGUCUCACUCGAGCUGGUUCACCUACAGCGCCACCCUCAGGAUCUACAAGCAUUAUCAUUUCAAGCUCGACUUUGAAGGAAACGCCGCCGAAGUGACUUCGUUCUCCAGCUACCCAGGGUUCCUGGAAUCUCUGGAUGAUUUCUACAUCAUGAGCAGCGGCCUCUCCAUGCUGCAGACCACCAACAACAUCUUCAACAAGACACUCUACAAGUACGUCAAGCCCCAGUCCCUGUUGGCAUGGCAACGGGUCCGCGUUGCCAACAUGAUGGCCAGAAGCGGCAAGGAUUGGGCUCGCAUCGUAGCCAGAUACAACUCAGGAACCUACAACAAUCAGUACAUGGUCAUCGACAGAACCAAGAUCAAACCCAACGUGGCCAUCUUGGAUGAUGCAUUGUGGGUGGUUGAACAGGUACCAACACUUGUAGCUUCAGGAGACCAAACCAACAUUUUGAGAGCAGGUUACUGGCCCUCCUACAACGUACCGUUCUACGAAGAGAUCUACAACAUCAGCGGUUACCUGGAGUACGCCUAUAAGGGUGGAGCAGACAUUUCAUAUCAGCUUGCUCCUAGGGCCAAGAUAUUCAGGCGAGACCAAGGAAAAGUGGUCGAUAUGGAGUCCUUCAAGAAGAUCAUGAGGUUCAACGAUUACAAGAAUGAUCCAUACUCAGAGGGAGAUCCGUCCAAAUCAAUCUGCAUGCGUGGUGACCUCAUGACCUCUCCUAUGCCAAAUGGUUGCUAUGACACCAAGGUGACUAACCUAGCAAUGGCGGCCAAGCAGACGAGUUUCGUCAUCAACGGGCCCACCCGCGGAGAUGGAAGCCUGCCCCCGUUCAAGUGGGUCGCCCCCUUCACAGGCUGGUCUCACGUUGGACUUCCUACGGUCUAUGACUUUAACUUUGUGGAAAUGUGUCCCAAGGAGCUUUAAGGAUGUUUCAGAAAAGGGGAUGAAUUCACCAUCCAGAAUCAUUUCUUGAGGCCUAAAUCUUCCCUUUUUUUCUCCUUGGAAGGGGUGUGGGAAUAGGGAGGGAAUUGGAGGGAGGAGGGUCUCUGCUCUCCAUUUUAUGAAUUAUUUGAAAUCAGUACUCGGUAAUCCAGUACUCGGUAAUCACUCUGUCUAAGCAAAUUUCAAAUCGGUCAUCUUGUUCACACACUGGUCUCAUGAUGGACUUCAUGCACUGUUUGGACAACAUUCCUACAGCUCCUUUGGACAUAUUUCCUCAAUGUUAAAGUUAAAGGAGCUGUAGGAAUGUUUAAAAAAGUGGGUGAGUUUACAAUCCAGAAUUAUUUCUCGAGGCCUAAAUCUCUUUUCUUUCCAUUGAAAGGGUGUGGGAAUAGGGAGAGAAGUAGGAGGAGGGUAUCUGUCGUCCAUUGUAUGAAAUAUUUACCGUCCAGAACAAUUGUGUAGUUUCAGUAAUGCUGUCUAUUUAGGAAGGGGUAAUGGAAUAGGGAGAGAGCAUUCUCUGCCUACCAUUUGAACAAAUUAAUUGAUAUUAUUAGUAGUCACCUCGGGGAUCACUCUAUCAAAGGAAAUACAGGAAUCUUGCAAAAUGAUGUACAGUGUGAAAUAUCCUGUCAAAUAUCCUGUCAGAUUUCAAAGAAAAUGAUAGAACUUUGACAUUGGAAAGAAAAACGUGGAUGAUGAAUGAGGAAUCAAUUUUACCGGUACUUGGUAUGUGCAGACUAUGCAAGUGACUGAAUUAUGAUAUUAUUGUGUACAUGAAUACACCUAUUGCAUUUUCCAAAAUUGCUAUGCUUAUUAUGAUGAAUACAUAAAGAAGCCUAUUAUUGCUAAAUUGCUACACAUAUAUCACUAAAAUUUAAUGUCUUUAUUGCUCUCUCAGGUGAAGGUUUAAUGAAGAAACAGUAUUAAAUACCAUUUAUUUGAACAUAUAUUUUUCAUUGCAUUGUAUUUGGACAAUUACGUAAUUGCUGUGUUGUGAAUCAUGUUUAUCUUAUAUUACAAUUUAAUGUCGUGUACGAACCCGGAAAUGUGGACUUUUGUGAUUGUUAAAGCCCCUCAACACUACUUGUAGCUACCUGCAAACAAUGCCUUAUCAGUGACCAUUGUCCCCCUUUAUCUUAAUUGACUGUUAAUUGAGAGCUGAUUUGAUGAGAGAACCACCCGUCAGUGACCAUGCAGGGAGGUCUAAUCUCUCCUGGCCAAACUAGUGCAGAUAGGCUUUCAAUGGAUCGUUGGUCGAAUUUUGAAAUUUCACAAACUACAACUGCCCCAUGUGAAUAGAGGUUAGGACCAGGGAUGGUUUUGAAAUACAAACUUUUACCAUCAAAACUGAAAUAGUACACUUGAAAUAGAUAGAGGCUGGAUGCUGUUUGAUAUUUGAAUAAGUAGAUAUUAUAUCGGUAGUGAUAUUGGACGGCCAUUAAAGUAUUAGACAGUGGUUUUUUCAUGUCUGAACAAGCCUUUGCAGGAAUUUCUAUACUAUUGUUUCUUUAGAAAUCUUAUUGAUAUGAGAGUGAAUCAAUGAUAUGUCUUUCAAAUUGUAUGUUGUUCAUGUAAAUAUCAUUGAUAUGUAUAUUCUUUUAAAAAUUGACAUUUUUUUUGGCCUCAUUUUUAAUCAUGAAAUUUGAAUUUUAACACGGACAAUAAACAUGUAAAUCUUAAGUCAUUGUUUUCUUAUGCAAAAUGCCACUUGUUAAUUUGGUGACACAAUUUCUGUCCUUGUAAUUGUAAUGAAUCGUGGAUACAGUGCACUAAUAAAUGUCUUUACGUGUAAAGUAUGUUUAUUGCAAAUGUGCAUGUUAUGUAACUACAAUAUUUCACAAUUAAAUGUAACAAUUAUUUUCAUACCAAUAUA